UGUAACAGAGUAUUUCUAGUAAAAUAUCUGAGUACUUCUUCCACCACUGUUUUUAAAUCACAGAUUAUGUUACAUUCAAACAUGACAUAAAAUAUAAAUGAGCCUGGUCGGUUUAUAGGAUUUAUGUACAACUAAUGGGCUUUUAUUUAUUUAUGUGGCUGCGACUCCGACGCUGCAAUUUCCUGUGGUACCUAAACACAACAGUGUGGCUUUAAGUCACUGCACUGUGUUCAUGAGACCCAAACUGAAAGUAGUUUAUAGCUUCUAGAAACUUUAAUAAUCUGACUUUAACGUUGAAGUGGAUCUUUUUUUUUUUGCGUUUCUUCGUUGUUGUUGUUGUUGUUGUUUUUUACAUCAUCUCUGAAAGCUGGCGUAGAAAGAGGACAUGCAUUUUUCACAUAGAGGACGUGAACGCAACGCGACCUAACCAAAGAGUAUAGAAGCAAAGAGACGAAACUCUGGUGUUUUUUCUUAACAACAACGCUUAUUAUAUUCAUACUAUUUUAAAAGUUCAACACAGGCUAUUUUUGUAUAAUAUGACAAUAGAAUCUAAAUAAUUAUUUAUUUAUUUUUUAACUUUUGUACGACACUUUUUACGACACCGUUUUAGUGGCGUCCGGUAGUCGCUUUCAGUCCAAAAUGGCGGAUGCGUAGCUGUGCCGCUGGGCAAUGGAACGUUGCGAUGGAACGAACAGUUGACUCUCACAUCUUGGCAUUCUGGAAUGUGGGGUUCUGGAAUGUUGCUGCUGAGGUCCCCUGUAGAACUCGCUCGACUCUGUAGUUUCCUGUGGUACCUAAACACAACAGUGUGGCUUUAAAUCACUGCAUUGUGUUCAUGAGACCCAAACUGAAAGUAGUUUAUAGCUUCUAGAAACCGACUUGCUUUAUGUUUAAAGUUUAUGAAUCUGACUUAAACGUUGAAGAGGAUCUUUUUUAGCGUUUCGUCGUUGUUGUUGUUGUUCUUUUACAUCUCUGAAAGCUGGAGGACGUGUAUUUUAACCAAUAGGACGUGAACGCAACGCAUUCCUAUGCUCAUCAUCACUAGGCUGGUCUAUAAGUACGAUCAUCCACCAUGUCCCACACCGUCCCUCCGAUUCUCUCCGUUGCCCCCUCUCGAGCUCUGGUCGAUGAGAAGUUCAAGGUGGUGGUGGAGAAUCUGCCUCCAGGAUCUCCAGUAACACUCCACUCCCUCCACCACUCUGAGGACAAGGACUACUGGGAGGCCUAUGGACACUACAUCAGUGAUCACAGAGGAACAGUGUCUCUUGCAGAGGAUUUGAGUUUUGGGGGAACGUACACGGGAAAAGAAGCCAUGGGUUUGUUGUGGAGUAUGCGCCCCGUCCCGGGCAGCCGCAAAGGUCUCAGGUUGAGAAAGAUGAACAUCUGUAGCCCCCUGCUGGUCAACAUCUCGGUCUACAGUGGACAUGUAGUGGAGGGCUUCAGGGAGCAGGCUCCUCUGGCCUCGUCGCUCACAGAGAGAUGGUACAUGGGUCCAGGUGUCCAGAGGAUCGAAAUCAAAGAGAAAGGAGUGCGAGGGACUCUGUUUAUACCUCCAGGUCCAGGACCCUUCCCCGGCAUGUUGGAUAUGUGGGGAGGCGGUGGAGGACUGUUGGAGUAUCGUUCAGCCUUGCUGGCGUCUCGUGGUUAUGCUUCUUUGGCGCUGGAGUAUUUUGCCGCCAGUGAGCUGAAGUCAGCAGACAUCGGGCUCAACUAUUUUGAGACAGCGUUUAAUAUUGUCAAGGACCAUCCCCAAGUGAUCCCGGACAAAGUUGGACUUUUUGGUCUUUCCCUCGGCUCAAUUGUGACCAUCUUGUUGGCUGUCGGGAGCAGCGUCAUCAAGCCUCGUUGUUGUGUUUGUGUCAGCGGCAACCACAUUUUUCCAAUCGGGGAGGCUCUCAGAGGAUUCAAUCAGUUGUUGCACUCGAAUGCUCACAAGGUAUGUGUGGAUGAGAACAACCAUCAGAUAUGGCGAGGUAUGGGUCUACCAAUUCCCGAUGAUCCCUCACUGAAAGUGGAUGUGGGGAGAAUAAACUGUCCAGUGUUGUUGGUGAAUGGCCAGGAUGAUCAGAACAUAGCCACAGUAGAAGCUGCUGAGGAUAUGGCCCAGAUAAUGCGUGCAGCAGGGAAGGAGCACCUGCUGACAAGACUUGAAUACCCGGGUACUGGACAUCUGAUUGAGCCGCCCUACACACCUCACUUCAGAGCUACUAACUUUAUAAAGGAUGGCAAUGAGAAAGCGGUAUUGCUGUGGGGAGGACAAACUAAACCCCAUUCAGACGCUCAGGAAGACUCCUGGAAUAAGAUCUUGGCUUUUCUGCAGCAGCAUCUGUACUCCAGGCCAACUCUCAAAGCCAAGAUGUGAAUACACCGGCACAGAUCGCCCAGGAAUCGCUAGGGGCGGCUGUAGCUGAGUGGGUCGAGGUCAAGGCUGACUGUCUGCAUGUCGACGUUGUCCUUGGGUGAGACACAAAACCCCAAGACACUCCCCGGGUGCUUUCCAGCGGCCCUCUGCUCCCAAAAUGCUUAGGAUGGGUUAAAUGCAGAAAAUGAUUGUAAUAAAUAGAAGUUUUAAAAUGUAAUGAUGUGUUAGGAGGUCAUGUUCACUAUGUUAACACUACCUCAUGUUCAUUGGUUCCUCACUGUGUUGACCGUGUGCCUUUCUUCUGAUCAAUUGAAGUGUACAGAAUAUGUUAUUCUUUUGGGAGCGUUAUUUGUGGGAUGUUUAUAUUCAUGUGUGGUUGAUAUUCAUGUAUUGUACUGUUAGAUGAUGGUGGGUUAACAUGCAGUAAUAUUUGGUUUAUGAUAAUAAUAAUUCCAUGAGGGGUGGAUGAUGUAAAUGACCAGACACCAAAAUAAAAUAUUCAUUCAUUCACA